UAGUUUUAAAAAUCAUUAAUCAUGUAUUUUUGGGUUAAGAAUUUUCCAAAUAUUUCAGAAAAUGAGACAAACAAUUCUAAGGAAAUACAGUUUUUUUCAUCAUCUAUUUUUGUUCCAACAAUUUUCUUAACAACAGCUAUACUUAUUCUUCAUAAAUUUUAUUAUCAAUCUUUGGUACGAUACCCAACAGCAUCAAGUAUUCCAGUGUCUUUAAUGAACAAUAAACAUAUAUUAUUAGGAGUUGUUACGUCUGUUGGAGAUGCAGACAAUUUUAGACUUUUUCAUACACCAGGUGGAAUUUUUGCAGGUUGGCAUUGGCUUAGAUCAAUUCCUUUAUCAAGAAAAGAUCUUAAAGAUCAAACAAUUCAUAUUAGAUUGUCAGGUAUUGAUGCACCAGAACUUAGUCAUUUUGGUAAAGAAGCACAACCAUAUGCAAAAGAAGCAAUAGAAUGGCUCACAUCAUAUAUUCUUGGAAAACGUGUACGAGUACAAAUAUUUAAUAGAGAUCGGUAUGAACGGAUUGUUGGGGCAGUUGAGAUACGUAAAUGGCCUUAUAUUUGGAUUAAAAGGAAUGUGUCGCUUGAAAUGAUAAAAUUGGGGAUGGCUGAAGUAUAUAAAUCACAUGGAGCAGAAUAUGGAGGUAAAUCAGCUGAAUUACGGUUUCGUCAUGAAGAAGAAAAAGCAAAAAGAAAAAAAAUUGGAAUUUGGAAACAAAGUGCUAAAUCAUAUGAAUCACCAGCAGAAUAUAAACGCCGUACAUUUGCAUUGCUAUCUUAUAUUUCUCCGAGUAAAAUAAAAAGAUAA